CGGAUUUACAACACAAACAAUUUAAAUGCUAACGGUUCUUGUCGUAAACUUUUAAAGCGCUGUCGCCGCUUCCUUUUUUCAACUAUUAACUAAUCGGUACUCUGCUUUUUAAAUAGGAAAUAUUAAUUUGUGUCCAACACUUUCUGACGUAAGGAGAAAUGUGUAAAAAUAGUAAUUAAUUAUUUUUUUGUGAAAUUAAUUUAUAGUCAGUGCCAUGUCUAAUAUAUCGGACGAUAUCUCUUGGAAUUCACACAACUAUUGUGUGGUACCUGAUCAUGUGGCCCGUGGGGGCGGAGGCAAGCUGACACGAUAUGCGACGACGGAGGAGGACGAAGCAACUCUCAGGGAGCUUCUACUUAGCCUUCAAAGACAGGUGAGCGUGAUGAGCAUGAAUCUGUCCGCCAAGCUGGACGAGCUACAACGAGGCGACCGACAGCUCGAGACGACGGUCGCUCUCUGCGAGAUCAGGACGCAGCUCCAAGAGCUUACCAAGAGCGUCGAAUCAUGCCAGAGUGAAGUCUCAGAGGUGAAACGCGACAUGGUGGCCAUCAAACAAGAGCUGGACACCGUACAGCAGGUAAAGGAGGAGAUCGAGGAACUGCGGGAGUACGUCGACCGGCUCGAGGAGCACUCGCAACGGAGGAAACUGAGGCUCCUUGAACAGGGUCUUACAUUCUUCCUGUCUUAUGCCAUCCUCGCUGCGGUGUUAGGCAUGCUGCAGUUCGGCUACAACACCGGUGUCAUUAACGCCCCCGGCAAGAACAUCGCCAACUUCAUGAAGGACGUGUAUAAGAAUAGAUACGGCCUGGACCUCCACGACGACACGGUUAACCGUCUUUACUCCAUCGCGGUAAGCAUCUUUGCUAUUGGCGGGAUGCUGGGCGGCUUCUCCGGGGGAAUGAUCGCCAACCGAUUUGGAAGGAAAGGAGGACUGCUUCUCAACAACAUCCUAGGCAUAAGCGGCGCUAGUCUCAUGGGCUUUACGAAGAUAUCGCACUGCUACGAACUCCUCAUAUUCGGCAGGUUCAUCAUCGGAGUGAAUUGUGGCCUGAACACCUCGCUAGUGCCAAUGUACAUAUCGGAGAUAGCGCCGCUGAACCUCCGCGGCGGGUUAGGCACCGUCAACCAACUGGCGGUGACGGUGGGCCUGCUGCUGUCGCAGGUCCUAGGCAUCGAACAGAUCCUUGGCACCGACGAGGGUUGGCCGAUACUGCUCGGAUUGGCGAUAUGUCCGGCUAUCCUACAACUACUGUUACUACCGGCCUGCCCUGAGUCCCCGCGGUACCUGCUCAUCACUCGCCAAUGGGAGGAAGAGGCACGACGCGCACUACGACGACUACGAGCUAGCAACCAGGUAGAAGAAGACAUCGAGGAAAUGCGAGCCGAAGAACGAGCACAACAAGCGGAAGCUUCCAUCUCCAUGCGGGAACUGCUUUGCUCACCAACCCUACGCGCUCCCCUACUUAUAGGCGUCGUCAUGCAACUCUCACAGCAGCUCAGCGGGAUCAAUGCGGUGUUUUACUACUCGACAUCUCUGUUCACAUCAUCCGGCCUCACGGACGAAUCAGCCAAGUUUGCGACCAUGGGGAUCGGCGCCAUCAUGGUGGGCAUGACGCUGGUCUCGCUGCCACUGAUGGAUAGGACCGGCCGCCGCACGCUUCACCUCUACGGGCUUGGCGGAAUGUUCAUAUUCUCCAUCUUCAUCACGAUAUCGUUCCUGAUAAAGGAGUUUUUCGGCUAUGUGCAGGAGAUGAUUGACUGGAUGAGCUAUCUGUCGGUGGUGUCGACGCUCAGCUUCGUGGUGUUCUUCGCGGUGGGCCCCGGCUCCAUCCCGUGGCUCAUCACGGCCGAGUUGUUCUCGCAGGGACCGCGACCCAGCGCGAUGGCGAUCGCCGUACUCGUCAACUGGAUGGCCAACUUUGUCGUCGGCAUCGGCUUUCCUAGCAUGAAGGCACUACUGGAAAAUUAUACAUUCCUGCCUUUUAGUGUAUUCCUUGCAAUUUUUUGGAUAUUUACGUAUAAAAAAGUUCCUGAAACGAAAAACAAGACCUUCGAAGAGAUAUUGGCAUUGUUCCGGAAUUCGAACGGAAGGGACAGUUUCCGCGACAGUCGUCUCUACGGCAGCAUGAUGAACUGCGUGAACGCGCUGGAGCAGCAGCUCCCGCCUCCGCCGCCCCCCGCGCCCCACGACGAGAAGCACGACUCCUUAUCCGAGCAGUCGUCGGGUGGGGGCGAAGCGGGCCGACCACCGCCGCCCCUGCCUCCGCCGCGGUUCCCUGCCACCGGCAACGUCUGACAAUGGGAGACCGCUGCGCGUGCGCCCCUAGUCGCGCCAAUCAAGGCCGCCGCCAACUUCUUGUUUCAUGGACUCAAGCGUCAAGCCGGAGGCCGCGCCCCUAUCACUACCACACAACAAAUGUUCUAAAUCGAUGUGAUUAGGUUAAUAAAACGAAAAUAGUGUUUAAGUCACGGCGUAAUGUUAAUAUAGUCGUCUAGUCUGUCAUUUUAUGACGUAAUUUACGAAACGCAUAGGUACCAUGUAAAGUGCCGUUGAUUUCCAUGUACCCAUUUUGGAUGUGUUGGUGAUGUUUUAUUGGAUCGCUGCGUAGAGCCGCCGCAUGGCGCAGCUUACGCUCCGACGGGUAAACGGUGUGAGAGAGCGAGCAGCGGUAUCGAGCAGUGAGCACCCGGUAGAGACGGGUGGGGCCGCGCAUCGGGCGCCGGGAGCGGCUCCGACAUCACGGACGAAUGCCAACUAAUUCUAUGUAGAGAAAAUUUAAAAUAAAGUAACAUAAUAUAAAUAAAUAUAAAAUGGGUACUACGUGGUAUGUGCUAUCGCACGGCACGAGCGCGAGGCGCCGCGACGCCGCGCACAAACUGUAAAUACAAGCUAUGACUUUAUCGUAUUGUUGAUUUUUUACCAUAUUAUAUUUAUUAUUUUACAAUAAGACGUAUGUUUUUUAACUUUUUAUUGUUGUAUACAUAUUGAUAAUUAAAGUCAUAUCUUUGAAUGACCGAUGUUAUAUGUUAGUUAUAAUGAACGAGUUAGGUUAGCCCUCGUCGCUCCUCGGAAUUGAUUACCCGACUACCCGCUAAUGAUAUUUACUUUCGUCUGUUCGUUGUCGAGAUAACGAUUAGGAAGGCAGUGCCGUCGCAGGUACGUUCAGUUCGCGUUCGUUCGGAUCGAGAAACGUUAUUAUUUGUAGCAUAUAAGUGAUAAUAAAUAAACAUAUUAUCUUUUUAAUUGAUGAAUAACAUAGCAUUAUGGUAAGUUAUACAAUUUUGUGGAGACUUUUAAUAAUGUAAAGCUUUUAACUUAUACGCCCCUAGAGAAAGAGAAAAAAAAAAAAUUAGGGUUCAGUAGUUACAACAGGGUUGUAGUCAAUUUGUUCGUCCGUGUGUUCCAACACUGCUCAAAGUUAACAAUAAGUGUUUCGUAGCGUUCGUGAUUGGUGCAGGGAACACGGCCUAAAUACCAGAACUGACUCCUGUGCGAUGCUCAAGGGAGCGGCGCCGGCCUGCUCCCGCCAACGACCGAUUCAUUGCGUUACUGUGCGUAUUGUUUGUAAUUGGAUGUAAUGUUAUUGUGCAAAUAAAUAGGAACAUUUUAAUUUGGAACUCGCUCGGCGGUGUUGCUAGACUGUUACAUACUAUAAUGGUAUUACAUUAUAUCUUUUUCACUCGUCUUUUAUUACAAUGUGUCUAAAUUAUCCUACUCUCAUACCUAUAAACGAAAAUACAAAUACACUGUUAUAUAAUUGUAUAUCACUAGCAAAAAUCGUUAAUUUUCACAGUCUUCCAUAAAUACAUUAAAUACGUAUAUGAUACAUAAAUAUACAAUGACACACAAACCAACAUACUUUGGGACAUAUUUUAUAGAUACACAUAUUUAUUACCUUAUGACUAAACAAAACCAUUAUAAAAUGGCAAUACACUGUAUCAAAAAUACAAAUACAUAUAGUUGAUUACAAUAUUAUAUUAAAUUAUAUACCUAAGUGAAUAUAACUACACCAAAAAGGGUAAAUCAUGCAGACAACACCGUCGCAGAGUAUUUAAUAAGCCAACUUUUACAAUGAACACUCGUAAACCGUAGUUUAUAAUCAAUGUUCUAUUUAGCGUAUUUGUUAAUAUUAUUCACCUUUAACAACAGCCUGAAAAGGAAAUGUUUAAUUAAACAUUUUUAAUACGAACUUAUAUUAUAAAUAUUAUGUGAACACAUUGCCGCUCAACGGCUACGCACAACGGAUAGAUUUACGCAUUAGCGGGAACUAGAAAUCGACGCGAAAGUGGCGUCAUCUAUGAAAAUGGCGGAUUAACAUAUUUUUUAAAUUUCGAAUAAUCAUAAAACAAUGUAUCUCGUAUUGAUAUUAUGAACAUGUUGAUCAAUUUAAUUGUGCACAUCACUGCCAUCUAUGGAUGAAUUAGAUGAUUAAAUAUUAGUACUAAAUGUUGUAAGACUUUUAGCGGUUAAGCGUUUAUUUAAUGUGUGUUUGUUUCGGUGGACAAUGUAAAUAUAAUUUAUAGGUUAUUUCAUACGGUCCAAAUGUGUCGAGCUAAUGCAAUAGUCUCAGAACGUAUGUUUAAGGGAAUUUUAAGGCUUGUGAGCAAUACUAAUGAGGUUAAUGUUUAGCUUCUUGUUUUCGUUUUAAAAACUUGCCAAUUGUUGAUUGUGUGAAUAGGUUGGGUUUACUGGAUAAGCUGUAUGCACCAUUAACAGCAAUGUUAGUUGUUGGCUGUUCACCUGGGUACGGGCAGAGACGCUGCCGUACUCGGAUAUCAAACGAUAAGGCCGUAGUGGUCCGCGGCGCACGGCCAUCUUUGUAAUAGUUUGCGAGUGCGUCCACCGCGUGCGCAGCGGGGCGCACGUUUACUGAUAUUUUGUGUUCAACCACCGUGCGCCGCUGUCCACUACACCCCUAUAACAUGGUGCUUUCUUGGUCAUGUAAAAUGUUUAUAUUAAAGUUAUUAUUCGUUGUUAUUUCACACGUUCUAUAAAUAGUGUGUAUUUUAAUUGAAACAUCUUUAAAUAUUAAAUUAAAUCUGUGUUAUUAAAUAUAGAAAAAGUACAAAUAAGCAUUAAAAUUAAAUUGAAAUAUGUAUUGCAUUAGGUCGACGGCGUCCGUGGGCCCGUCACGGACUGUGCUGUGUACGAAAUGAAACGUGAAUAAAAAUAUAACUGCGAAACGCAAUUUGCACUUUUAUUGAGUAGACUUGGUUCCUUUGAAUAUUUCUAGUGAUAUCCUUUUCUCAGUGAUCCAUCGAACUCAAACAGGGGGACGUGAUCAGUGAUAUAUAGUAUUUGAAGGAACCAACGCCGUGACGGGCCCGCACUGUUCGCGUCACAUCGGUCACGUGCACACAUGAUACACGGACGGACAGAUUAACCGGGCACCGCCGGGUCCCAAACGCUAGUCUCAUGCCCUGUUUCCUUCUAUGCACACUCCAUAUUAAGCCACUAUCGAGAUGAUUAUGUUUCAUUGCGCGGAGGAUACUCCGUUCUUGUACAAAGGACUUGUAAAAUUUUAUUGAAACUAAU